CAUACGAAAUACAUCGCGAGUGAUUCCGAUAGUUGCACAUGUAAACUAAUUUUUCAUAUGAUUUAAGAAAAUUUGUUUUCUCCAAAGCUUACACAUAUUACACGUUUUUGUUAGAAAAAGUAAGAAAUCGUUAUGGAGAAUUUAGAGGACACUUCCACUGGUGGACGUGUGACAAGAUCUUUAAGAAAGCGUUUAACAUCUGUGGACAGCGAUGCAAGCAGUAGGCCGUCUACUCCUCAACUAACUAAGCUUACUUCCAUACCGGAGACAAGUUCUCCUUCUCGUGCUUUACGUGGACGACGCAACUCUACUACUUUAACUGCUACGCCCUCAAAAACGCCAGCAAAGUCUAAAACUUCGACAAUCAAUGAGUCGAAUGAAGCUGAGUAUGUUCCGGCUAAACGAACUACGCGCAAAAGCAGCGUUUCUGCAGCAGAUUUACAUACACCAUCAUUGGAUAAUCUUCUACCAAAAGAGAAUGAAACAAAUGAAAUAAAUACUAGAGGGACGCCCGCAAGACGUACAAAGCGAUUGACAUCACAAACAGAAGUAGAGAAAACUCCACGCUCAGGUGCUGCAAGGAAAAAGCCAGGACCGAAAUCACGACGUUCCAAGCAAGAUAGUGAUAGUGAUUCUGAUAUUGAAGUGAUUAAUCUGGAAGAUGAACCAACUGAUAGCAAGGAAAAGGUUAAUAGUACCACUCCAAUAGUAAAGGAACAUUCAAUGAAAACUCCAGUAAGAACGUCACCAAGAUUAAAGGCAAAGAGUAUUUCUCCAAAAGAGAACACAGAUAUUGAAACAAUUGAUUUAUCAGAAGACAUAAGGACGUCUCAUGAUACUGAGGAGUGUGAUAGCACUUCAACUGUUUCCAAGCGUAAAGAAACGAAUGAGAAUUUGGAAAUCCCAGACACAAAAAUGGAAUCAUCUGAUACAAAUGAUGAGAAAAAAGUAGAGUUGGAAAGUUUGGAGUCAUCCUUAACUGAAGAUGCGGUUGUAAAAGAAACUGUCCCUAAAGAUUUGUCUAAUAAAUCCGAUAGCUUUGAUCAUAAUGACGAAAAAGUUAAUACCACUGCCAAAAGUCCUCACACGUCUUUAUCACUUUUAAAUUCUUCUGAGCCCAUUGUAAAAAGUGUUGUUAUGUUGGAGAAGCUUUCGCCCAAUGUGAUUGACAAAAUUUGUCAUAAAACGUCUACCGUUAUUUCACCGCCAAAUUCGAAAUCUGUAACAUUCACCGAUAUGGAAGUAGACGAUGAGGUGAAGAGUUCUUAUCCUAAAACUCCAGCUUCGAUUAAACGUAAAAGCUAUAUAGACAUUGAUUCCACAAACGACUCAAAAGAUCAGCCAUUCAAAAGUGAUAAAGAAUCUAAUGGAAGUUUUGAAGAUGCAAGCACCAGAAUGGAAACAUCAAAAGAUCAUAACGCAAAUGAUUCAAAAGAGUCUGUUGAGUUUCAUGAUGCCGCAAAUAACGUUGAAGAAAUAAAUAAUAGUAAAGAGGCAAACGAAAUAGUAACGGACUAUACUCCUCAAAAAAAGAAGCUUUCUACAAAACUACAAAGUUCCACUCCAAUGAUAGAUUCGGUAUCAAAUUCAAAACCUAAUACUGAAAAUUUAGUAACCAAUUCACCAAUAAUAAUAAAUACAUCAGAAGAAAGAGACUCCAAUGCAAAAAAGGUUUCACCUGUAAAAGAAGAUGAAACCACUACAUCACAACAUGACCAGAAGGAUUUAACAAUGAACGAUAAAAAUGUGUCGUUAACGGUUGCACCCACAAACUUAAGUAAUGGCAGUGAAAAUAAAGACGAUUUGUUUUCAAAAUCAUGGACACAUAAUGUAAGUGGUUGCGCAACAUCGGAUGGAAAAAUUGACACCCUUGUUGUAACUACGAAUGAUAAAGAGACAAUGCCUCAACCUUUAAAAGUUGAAGAUGAGCCCAACUCAUCACCAAAUGUUGAUACCAGAAAGGAAAUACCCAACGAAAAUGAUGAACAGAAAGAGCAGGAGGAGGAGGAAGAAGAUGCUGAAAGUUUUCAAAAAUUGGAAUUUGUUGAUGAUGAGGCAAUGGAGGUAGACGACAAUUACCAAAGUGGAGAUUCAAUGGAUGAAGAAGAAAGAAAAGAAAUGUUGGAAAACGAGAUUGUAGAUGAAGGCGAGUCGAUUGGCAGUGAAGACACCGAAGAAAGUAAUGAGGAAGAUGAUGAAGAUAAUGCUUCAUUUAUAACAUCUGAUUCAGAAGAAUCCCUGCUUGAAUAUUCAGAUAUUGAUGAGGGUAAUGAUGAGUAUUUAGAAGAUAAUGCCAAAAACUCUAAUAAAAAGAAUUCACGUAAUCGUAUUUUGAUAACCAGUGAGAGCGAAGAUGAUGACAAUCCAAACAUUUCAAGGACUAAUUCAGAGAAGACCAAAAAAAUUAAUAUAUCAAACCAAAGAAAUCGUAUUUUAUCCUCCAGUGAAAGUGAAACCGAACAACAGGUGAAAAUACAAACGGAACAGGUGAAUGGCAAACGUAAAAGUUCCGUCAAUUCAGAAAAGCCACUCACUUUCGAAGUUAGCAGAAUGAUUGAUGACACAACGGAUGAUGAUGAUAAUUCUAAGGAUGCUUCUGAACGCCAACAUUCAAUGGAAACAACCGUUAAUAUUGAAUCAAAAUGUUUUAACGACCAAGAAUCGGAAACCCAAAGGGAAAAAAAUAUUCAGGAAAAUGAUAAAAGUGUUAAUGAUUGUAAUAAUAAGGAAAAUAGCCGAGUUGAACCGGAAACCAGGUGUGAAACUAAACUAAAUAAUAGUCUAAAAUGGAAUCCCAACAGUGAAACCGCAAAUGCUAAUGGUAUUUCCGGAACAGUUGAGAGUACCAUGUCCUCAACAGCCCAACAGAUGAUGACAAAUGAUCAAAAAAGACGACGUAGUAAAAGUUUGUCAAGAUCCAUAUGCGAAAAAAUUCCAGACGACAAGAAUGAAGAGUCCCACAAUGAAUCAACUGAAUGUGACAAAGAGGAUAAUAAUAAAUUCAUGGAAAGCUCGAUUCGAAAAUCUAUCAAUUCCGGUCAUGAAUCUAACAAAACAGCCGCAACAAUGGAAGAUGCUGCCAUAAUUAGCACCGAGAUUAAAAAUGUUUCAAGUAACGAUUCUGAUUCAAGUGAGAACACAAUUGAGCGAUUGAUAGUAGAUGAAGGCAACAAAUCAAAUGAUCUUGAUGAUCUGCAAUCGCAAAAUGAAUCAAACAAUGAUGAGGAUAUUGAAAUACCUGAGACGCAAGAGGUUGGUCAGGCUUUAGAAGAGGAAUCUGCAGAUGAAUCGCUCGCUGAAGAAACCGUUGAAGAGCUGACCAUUGGAAAAUCUGGACUAAAGUUGAAAAAUUCAGGUCUAAGCUUAUCUUUUUGCCAAGCAAAACAAAAGCGUAUAACGGUCAAAGAUCGUAUACGCCAUAGCUCCUUCUCAAUUGGUGUUCGUGUUACAAAAACGGAAGAUAUUAAUCAAAUGGAGGAAUCCGAUUCUUCCGAGGCAGAGGAAAAGGAAAAGAGUCUUAGUAGUGAUGGUAGUGGCCAAAGUUUUAUUGAUAAACAAGAUGAGGAGGAACUUGAAAAGUUGGCACAUUCCUGUGUACAAUUUCCCACUCAGCACGGAAAACGGAAAUCGAUGUUGUCGACUUUUGCACAAGAUAAUAAAGAAUACCAAGAGAUCAAAAAGAAAUCGAAACGUAACAGUUUACAAUCAAUAUCGAAUGAAGAUUUUAAUCCAUCUAAAUCAUUACUUGAAAAUAUCGAAGAGCAGAAGCGUAAAUCCAAGAAAUCACGCUUAUCUAAAUCUUUUUGCGAUCCUAUUCAAAAUGAAAUGGAGACGCUUGCUGAUAGUGGCGUUUCAGACGAUGCAAGUAAUAAGAGUGAAAAAUGCAACCGCAAAAGUUUGCAAAGUACUGAGCUGGGAAUGCACUCAACUAAAUCAAAAUCACGCUUAUCUAAAUCUCUUUGUGAUCAUAUUCAGGAUGAAAUAGAGACGUUGGCUGACAGUGGCGAUUCAGACGUUGCAAAUAAUACACAUACUGAGAAAAGCAAUCGUAAAAGUUUACAGAAUACAUCAAAAUCGCGAUUAUCUAAAUCUUUUUGCGGACCAAUUCAAGAGCAGGCUAAAACCAUAGCGGAUAGCAGCUGUUCAGAAGAUUCUGUUGAUGAACCGACAAAUAAGGGGGAAAUUAAUGGCCCUACACCACGAGAAGUUAUAACAAUCAAGAAUAAAAAGAAAGAUAUUGGACGUAUUUUGGAUCGAUGUGAUGAAAUAUUAGAUGCCGCAAAUCGGGCUAAGUUGGAAAGCAAACAAAACUACAAAAAGAGUCGACUAAUAAUUCCAAAAUCUAAAAAAGAGUCAAAACAUUCAUUGCGCUCGGAUGAAGAAUCAGCAAACGAUGCACCCGUGCUUAAAAAAGAUAUGAAGCAGUCCAAAGAAAAAACAGCAUUGGCAUUGGAACAAGCUUUCAAGGCUUCGGCAAAAAUUUUAUUGAAAGAAGCCAGCAAGGCUAAGAAGGAGAAACUGUCACUACCGAUAAAUGAAGAGAAGUGUGACGAUAAACGUCUUCCAAUGCAAUUAUUGGAAUCGAUUUCGGAUUCGCAGUCGCACACUGCAAUGAAAAAAAGUAAGAGAGAACGUGCACGUGAACCUCUUGUUCAACGCUUAAAUUGUAUAACAGGUGAAAUCGUAGAGGAAGUGGUUAGUCCUCCGAAAAAGAAGAGAGCCAUACUAAACAGGAUUGAACUACCUACUGGCACAGUAUUGGAAGAACCGGUCACACCGAAGAAAAAAAUAAAUAACAGCGGUUUCCGCGAAAGCCCCAUUACUCCGCGCACACUUGGUUUUAAAGUGCGUCAUAUCCUAACUGCUGGUCAGGACAAAGUGCCACAAUUGCCAACCUCUCACAGUGUCGGACGUAAACGUAAACAAAAAAUUGUUGAUCCCAAACUCGUAUUGCCUAAACCACAGUGGUCGCAGUCGGGUGUAUUUUUGGAAGAGGUUUUGCCCACCCCCAAAAUACAGGGUAUGGAUACUAUGCAAGCCUGUGGACCAGGUGUCAAUGCAGCAACUUUAAAUGCUCUAAAUUUUAAAACUUCAACACUGUUUCGAAAUAAUGUACCAAGAGAGGCCUCAAAUGAAUUGCUCAAACGUAAAGAACGUCAAUAUGUUCGUAGUCGUUUUUAAUUUGAAAGCGAUAUUCAAACAUUCAUAUAUUUUCAUUCGUUUCUUGUUGAAUUUAUACAUUAUU